AAGUCAACAGGCAGCUCGUCUUCGUGAUGCUAUUUUGCUAGAUAAUGACUUCUUCUCCGGAGUUUCUAUCAUUUAAACUACGAUAUAGAUUGGAUAUUAGCUAUAAGAUGUCUAUUCAUAGCUAAUACCAUAUUAUGCCGUUUUGCCAUCACUGUAUGCACGCCUUGACCUUUUUGAGCAGAAGAAACAAGCGAAGGAUAGCUGUGCCAGCGUUAUUCUUGUGAUCGACUUGUCUAUAUAUAUACAUCCUUUUGUCUGAGGGUCACAUGUUUUCCCCUCUCACCACCACCUUUCUGAACACUUGGUUUUAGGCUCUUUUGCAUUAUCCGCCCUGCUUGUGCUGCUGUAGCUUGGAGAUCAAAGGGAAGACCAUGGGCCAAUUGCUUUGCUGUGUCCAAGUGGAGCAAUCCACUGUAGCAAUCAGGGAAAGAUUUGGGAAGUUUGAUGAUGUGCUCGAUCCAGGCUGCCAUUGCUUACCUUGGGUCCUUGGCAGUCGAGUAGCUGGCCAUCUUUCACUCCGUCUGCAACAAUUGGAUGUGCGGUGCGAGACAAAGACAAAGGACAAUGUUUUUGUCAAUGUGGUUGCAUCUGUACAGUAUCGUGCUCUGGCCGGCAAGGCAAGUGAUGCAUUUUAUAAAUUGACCAACACGAGGACUCAAAUCCAAGCUUAUGUGUUUGAUGUGAUCAGAGCUAGUGUCCCAAAGCUCAACCUGGAUGAUGUUUUUGAGCAGAAGAAUGAAAUUGCAAAAGCUGUAGAAGAGGAACUUGAAAAGGCUAUGUCGGCUUAUGGAUACGAGAUUGUACAGACACUUAUUGUUGAUAUUGAACCAGAUGAACAUGUGAAGCGAGCAAUGAAUGAAAUCAAUGCAGCUGCAAGAUUAAGGGUGGCUGCAAAUGAGAAGGCAGAAGCCGAGAAGAUCAUACAAAUCAAGCGCGCUGAGGGUGAGGCUGAAUCCAAGUAUCUGUCAGGUCUAGGUAUUGCUCGUCAACGCCAAGCAAUUGUAGAUGGACUGAGGGAUAGCGUGCUUGGCUUCUCAGUCAAUGUGCCAGGGACCACUGCAAAAGAUGUUAUGGACAUGGUCUUGGUCACACAGUACUUCGACACCAUGAAAGAGAUCGGCGCAGCCUCCAAAUCUUCAGCUGUUUUCAUUCCUCAUGGACCUGGUGCUGUUCGUGACGUCGCAACACAGAUUCGGGAUGGAUUGCUUCAAGCAUCUGCCCACAACUGAAACUCCAAGGUCUUAGUGCAUCAUGUAGAUAAGUUACAGAAGACUUCGGUUCUAGUUUCAUUUCAAAAUGUGUAAAAUUUAGUUGAGACUUUUCACUGUGUUGCAUGUGUGUAAUACUCCAGAAGGGUGAAACUUUUGAGUGUUAUAUUGAGUAGUACUCCUGAAUUCCAUCAUCCAUGCUCAAUGAAUUUCUUCUCUUUUUUUUC